CAGGACCUGGUUACCAAUCCUGUGGUAUUAGCUGGUCCAUUAGAAUGCAAGGUCUGAAAAAUACCUCAAACCCCAGUCUUAGGUUUUACAAUACUGAAGUUAUCUAUAGCAGCAAUUGCGGUGGUUAUGAAUCAUGUGACCUCCAGCUCCAUGACUCCUGAACCAUAAUUCUAAUCUUGUAGCCAAUUUGUUAGUUUUACAAAAGUGGUUUUGGUCCCAGAGCAAGGAGGAGGAUGGUCGCAGAGGUCCAGAACGUAGAGGGUCAGAACCUGCAGGAGCAGGUUUGCCCUGAGCCCAUUUUCAGGUUCUUCAGAGAAAACAAGGUGGAGAUUGCAAGUGCAAUAACAAGGCCAUUUCCUUUCCUUAUGGGCCUCCGAGACCGCUCCUUCAUCUCUGAGCAGAUGUAUGAACAUUUUCAAGAAGCUUUUAGAAACCUGGUCCCAGUGGCAAGAGUGAUGUAUUGUGUACUCAGUGAACUGGAGAAGACAUUUGGCUGGUCACAUCUGGAAGCAUUGUUCAGCAGGAUUAACCUGAUGGCCUAUCCUGAUUUAAACGAGAUUUACAGAAGCUUCCAAAAUGUAUGCUAUGAACACUCACCUCUCCAAAUGAAUAAUGUAAACGAGUUAGAAGAUAGACCCAGAUUACUACCAUAUGGUAAACAAGAGAACAGCAAUGCCUGUCAUGAAACGGGUGAUGUAGCAGUGCCUCAAGAAGCCUUGAGCUCCUCGCCAAGGUGUGAGCCAGGUUUCUCUUCAGAGUCUUGUGAGCAAUUAGCUCUCCCAAAGGCUGAUGGAGGAGACACAGAAGAUGCACCCAGCCUACUACCAAGUGGGGGAGUGUCCUGUAAACUUGCUAUACAAAUAGAUGAAGAAGAAUCAGAAGAAAUGCCCAAGUUACUGCCUUAUGAUACAGAAGUUCUAGAAAGCAACGGGAUGAUAGAUGCAGCAAGGACAUACAGCACAGCACCAGGGAAGAAAGAGGGAGACAAGGAAGGCAGGAAUAGUCCUGGAAAAAGAAACCAAGACAAGGAGAAGUACCAAGACAGUCCAGCGGGGAAAGACAGAGAGAUCUUUGAUCUAAAAACUCCCCAAGUCACUAAUGAAGGAGAACCAGAGAAGGGGCUCAGUCUACUACCAGGUGAAGGAGAAGAGGGCAGUGAUGACUGUUCAGAAAUGGGUGAUGGAGAAGAGCCCCAGGAAGCCUCUAGCUCCCUAGCAAGACGUGGAUCAGAGACCUUUCAUCUAAAGACUCCCCAAGUCACUAAUGAAGGAGAACCAGAGAAGGGGCUCGGUCUACUACCAGAUGAAGAAGAAGAGGGCAGUGAUGACUGUUCGGAAAUGUGUGAUGGAGAAGAGCCCCAGGAAGCCUCUAGCUCCCUGGCAAGACGUGGGUCAGUGUCUAGUGAACUAGAAGAUCACCCGAUGAAUGAAGAAGGAGAAUCAGAAGAGCUUGCUUCUAGCCUGCUACAUGAUGAUGUACCAGGAGCAGAGCAAUCAGCAUAUGAAAAUGAGAAGUGUUCCUGUGUCAUGUGUUUCUCAGAAGAGGUGCCAGGAAGCCCAGAAGCAAGGAUGGGAAGUGAUCAAGCGUGUGGCACAAUGGAUACUGUGGAUAUUGGAAACAACUCCACUUUGGGAAAACCCAAGAGGCAAAGAAGAAAAAAGAGGGGGCAUGGCUGGAGCAGAAUGAGAACGAGAAGGCAGAAAAACGGCCAACAAAAUGAUAAUAGCAAAGCCGACGGCCAGCUGGUCUCCAGUGAAAAGAAGGCGAACGUGAAUCUGAAAGGCCUUUCCAAGAUUAGGAGGAGAAAGAGAGGCAAACCUGGAACCCGCUUCACUCAGAGUGACAGAGCUCCACAGAAAAGAGUCCGAUCAAGAGCUUCAAGAAAGCACAAAGAUGAAACUAUGGAUUUUAAGGCUCCUUUGCUUCCAGUGACCUGUGGUGGGGUGAACGGAAUUUUACAUAAGAAGAAAUUGAAGCAAGGAAUCUUGGUGAAGUGUAUACAGACUGAGGAUGGAAAAUGGUUCACCCCCACGGAAUUUGAAAUCAAAGGAGGCCACGCAAGAUCAAAGAACUGGAGGCUGAGUGUGCGCUGUGGCGGGUGGCCCCUACGAUGGCUGAUGGAGAAUGGAUUUCUGCAUGAUCCUCCAAGAAUACAUUACAGGAAAAUAAAGAGAAUACUGAAGUCUCACAACAAUAACUCAGUUGACCCUUGUAUGAGAAACUUGGAUGAGUGUGAGGUGUGCCGGGAUGGAGGGGAGCUGUUCUGUUGUGACAAUUGUUCAAGAGUCUUCCAUGAGGACUGUCACAUCCCACCUGUGGAAGCUGAGAGGACCCCGUGGAGUUGCAUCUUCUGCAGGAUGAACAAGUCUCCAGGAAGCCAACAGUGUUGUCAGGAAUCUGAGGUCCUGGAGAGGCAGAUGUGUCCUGAGGAACAGUUGAAAUGUGAGUUCCUCCUCUUGAAAGUCUAUUGCUGUUCUGAGAGCUCCUUUUUUGCCAAGAUUCCAUACUAUUAUUAUAUUAGAGAGGCGUGUCAAGGCCUGAAGGAGCCCAUGUGGUUGGAUAAAAUCAAGAAAAGGCUGAAUGAGCACGGUUACCCCCAAGUGGAGGGGUUUGUACAAGACAUGCGCCUCAUCUUCCAGAACCACAGGGCCUCUUACAAGUACAAGGAUUUUGGCCAAAUGGGACUUAGACUGGAGGCUGAGUUUGAGAAGAAUUUCAAAGAAGUGUUUGCUAUUCAGGAAACAAAUGGGAACAAUUGACUGGAUUAGUGGAUGCUGAAAGCAUUCAGCAAAUGGCACCCUAAAAUAUGCUGCUGGUUUGCCACUGACUUCAAAAUGAGGUCACUUGGGCACAGCACGUGCAGGGAGGGGCUUUUCUCUGAGCCUCCCUCAUCCGCCCAAAGACAAAUCCUCAAAAGGAAAUUCAAUCAUCAUGAAUCACAACCCCAAGUAUCUCAUCAGCCAGGGAAGAGUAAGUGGAAUCACAGGGAAGGUUAUUGGCAGUGACACCAUCCCAUACAGGCUCUUACCUCUUCUCCUGAGGGCUGCUCCAGACAACAUUUAUUACCCAGAAGACCUUUUGUCUGAAAACCAGCCAAGCUUUAUUCAGGACACACUUCUUGCCUUCACUCUCCUACCUCCGUGGCCACCUCCAUGCAGAAGCCCUAAGCCCACAUUCUUUCCAUAGCUCACGGUGGCGUGUGAGUGUCCAUCAUCUGACUCUUCUUGGAGUCUCAUAUUUCGUGGGACUCCUGUGCAAACAUAUGUUAUUAAAAUUUUUUUCCUCCUGUUAA